AUGAAAAUUACAUUACUUGCAACUAAUGCUUAUAAAGUGGUCUACGAAGAUGUAAAUACCGAUGAAACAGUAGACCAGUUGAAGCUGCGUUUGUUUAGAGAGCAUUCCGAUCAUCUUCCACUUCCAUCAAGUAUCUUUGAAGAUUUGGAAGUUCUCAAACCAAAAUCAUCGAGUGGCGAUGCCGAUGUUACAAUGACUGACGAUAGCAAUGACAAUAAAGAGGACGAUGGUGAUAUGUUAAUAGAUAAUACAAAUCUACCACCACAAUUGCUGCAUCCAUAUCAAUUGAGAUUGAUAUUCGGUGGUAGACAACUAGAGUCACUCUCGACGAUGGCAGAGAAUUCGAUUGUCGAUGGAUGUACUAUUCUCGUUGCCGUGUCGCCGUUCUACCUACUGGGCAGACAGAUUGCCAAUGAAACGAAACCAAAGACUGAAAACUACUCUACUACCGAUCGUCUCUUCACGGCGGUCAACAAAAACAAUCAAGUUCAAUUCCAACUGGCGCUGGACGACCAAGUGGGAGACGGUGCCGGCAUUGAAUUCUCCAAACUAACAGAACUCGACAUAGUCGAAGCAAGUCAAUUGUUAAUGCGUGUUCCAUCAUUAGAAUCACAAGAUACCAGCAGUAAUAAUAACAACGCUGGUGAACCUUUCAAAUUGUAUCAAUCUAAAACCGGUUCACCUAAACCGGCAUCUGGAAAGACCGGUUUGUUUUCGAGAUUGAGCACGAGGUCGAGAUCAAAGGAACAGGCGAAACACGAAACCGGUUCAUCUUUGGAAUCGCAAUUCGACCAACUCUCGUUGGCUCCGCUUGGAAAGCGUGACGAAUACAAACGUGUUCCGCUCUCCAUUGUCUCACAGACACCGACUGGUUCCAAUCUGCUGGUACACCGCAUUCAGGUGAUAUUCAAUCGUCCUUUCAUCCCACUGUGCUCGACUCUCGACGAAGUGCAAGUUCCAUUCCGUGUGGAACCAGCGGUGAUUGGCGGCAAGUGGCGUUGGAUCGACGGCGUCACCUGUUGCUUCGAAGAUCCAAAACAACCGUAUCAAACGAAAUUUGCCAGUUCCACGCAGUAUCGUGUCACUCCACUGCUGGAGGUGUUCAAAAAGUACGAGCCAGAGAUCGGUGACGAUGAGAUCGGUGAGUCGUGGACAUUCAAAACCAGCAUCCAAUAUCCGAUAUUCGGUCAGUUCAACGGUGACAUUGCCGAUCCACAGAUCAACUUGCGAUUCGCUCAGUCACUCCCACUGACCCAAUUCAACAGACUCGGCAAUGCCAUCAAGAUCAAAGGACCGUUCAACAAGACAAUCAAUUUCAAAGUGGUUCCAAUCGACAGUCCAACUCUCUGUAAGUUAUUCAAAGACUCUUUACCAACACCAAUUAAAAAGUCGGCUGAAGAAAAGGAGAAGGAGGAAGAGAAAGAAAAAGAUGAAAGUGAAUCCAAUACCAAAUCAAUUUAUUUACAACUCGAUAAAUUGGAUAUGAAUACAAAGUAUUCCAUUCAAUUUACUGAACCACUGGAAUCUUCUGAAGGACCAUUGGUAACUGAAAACAAUCUAGAAGUAACUUUUAAGACACCAGAACCUUUACGUGUUACAAAGGUUAAUUCUUCAUUCGAAGGUGAAUCUGUAGUUAUUGCAUUCAAUAAUCAAGUGGACAAAAUCUUGAUUGAAGAUAUUGAUAAACAUUUGCAAUUUAAACCAAAUGUUAAAGUUAGUAAGGUUAGAACUGAAGGUUACAAUCUUAUUAUUCAUGCAGACUUUAAACCAAAUACUAGUUAUAAAGUAAAGGUUGAUAAUAUCACUUCACCAAGAACAACAUCGUUGGUUUCUUCUAGUCAUGACUUCAAGACACCAUUGGACUAUUGCUUUAUCGAUGUGGACAGUGCCUACAGUCAGAAGUUCAAUUUGGAUCCACUCGCCAGACCUAUCGUCAAGUUGGUUACUCGUGGUGUUAGCUAUGUCAAGAUCGAAUCGCAUCGUAUCGAUCCAAGCAACGCUAAAAACUACGACCACGAAAGACUGGCAAAGCUGUUGACCAAGGAGAUUCAGAUCAACGGUGUCGAGCCAAGAAAACAAGUCACCAACAAGGUGGAUCUCUCUGAUUUCUUUGGUGGUGAUACACCAUUCACUGCCAAACACAAUCUGUUGGUAUUCCGAUUCUCGAGUAAAGCCGACGGUGGCAAUCUCGUGGAGUCAUACAAGUUGUUGCAAUACUCGCCAUUCUUGGUGGCCGUCAACCAAACCAAGUUGGACUAUCGCGCGUGGGUAACCAAUGCUUCAACACAACAACGUGUGAAAACACCAUUCAUUGAGACUUACUACAACAAAUCGAAGGUCUAUUCACAAAGAUCAUCGGAUUCCGAAGCGGAAGCUCUUUCUGCCGCUCCAAAUAGUUCGGUUGUGUUGAGUGAUGGUUUGUUUUCAAUUCCAAAAGAUCAGUCAUUCGACUUGCUGAUUGCAACUGUCACAGUUGAUAAACGUAAAUACUCAACUAUCUUCCAAACGGUUUGCCAGAAGGAGAGGGAAAAGGUUGAGGUUAUUUGGGAUAUCGUCGAUGCUCUGGGUUGCUACCGACCAACAGAGACUGUCUACAUCAAGGGUAACUUGAGAAUUACCACUGAAAAUGGUAUUCAAACACCACUGGAAUACUACGGUGACAACCAAAUGAGCAUUGUAAACUACAAGCUUACCGACACCAGAAAGAAAGUUCAAAACCAAGGACACACCACUCUCAAUGUCAACGGUGGAUUCAACUUUAACUUUGUACUGCCAGCCGAUACCAAUCUUGGCGAUUGUUCGCUUUCCAUCGACUGCGAUGGUCACUCAAAGAACUUUGUCAUCAAAGUAUUGGAAUGCAAGAGAAAAGACUUUGUUGUCGAAUCCGACUUGAAGAAACCAUCGGCCGGUUCUUCCUCGUCGGUCAGAUGUGGACAACCUUUCUAUGUGCAAGCAUGCGGUAGAUAUUUCAACGAUGAAGUGAUGGCAAACACCAAAGUUGAUUGGAGUGUUUCGUUGUCACCAACUCAACCGGAUCUACCAACAACUGGCUACAGAUUCUCAAUGCCCGAUGUUUGUGAUGAAGCCAACGCCACCUAUACCUAUCAGAGCAAACCAAAUCCAUCCGGUAGACAUCAACUUCGUUUGGUUCUGGAGAACUCAAAGUCACCGAUGUAUCUAGUGGUUCGUGGCAGUGUCAUCGAUUUGACAAACAAAUCCGAGGCAUUCUCACACACCUGCAAGGUUCUUGGUACUCAACGUUACUUUGGUGUCUCGAAAUGCAGAGAUGAGUUUAUCAAUCUCUCAGAUACCUUCCAAACUUCGCUGGUUGCAAUGAAUUCCUCUGGCAAGUUGAUCAACGAAGGAAAGUUCCAAGUGGAAAUCAAAAUGGUACCGUGGGAAGAUGAUUUGCCAAUGGUCAAUGAAUUCCAAGGUGAGAUCGUACCAUCGAAAGCUGAACCAACCAACUUUACCUACAAGUUCAACAAACGUGGUGCCUACUGCGUCAAAUUCACCUAUGAAUGUCCGGAUCAAGAACCACAGCGACAGAGUCACAACAUCUUUGUGCUCGGUGAGCAAACUCAAGCCGAGAAGGAAUUCAAAGAGAAUGACUCCAAGACUUUGGGUCAAUACAAUGAUAGCUUCGAACAACAACAAUCAACAUUUGGAAUUCCAUCAAUCCCCUUCUCUGCUUUCGAUAACAAAUAUCCAAUUAAUCUUGCGUUGUUGGUAAAGAGUGGUUCUGAAUAUCCAAAGAUUGGUGACAAGAUCGAAUUACUAGUGACAUGUAAACUUCAGUGUGGAAUGGGUAUGAUUAUGCAAAGCAAGUCUAAAUCCAUUGUCAAAUCAACGCAAUUCAAUUUCGAGGAUGGAAAAUAUCUAUUUGAACAUGUUGUCACUGAAAAAGAUUUCCCAUCGUUCAACUACACCGUCUAUGUUGAAGGCAAAGUGAGUGUCUAUCACAACAAUACCAUUGUUGAACGUUACACAAGUGCAUCGAUCAACAAGCAAUUCUCUGUCGACAAGGAGAUGAAGAAACUUCAAAUUGAAUUCCUCCCAUACCGUAAAUUCCAAAGUCCAAACUCUGACAUCUCCAUUACGACCCGCGUUUUGGAUCACCAAAAGAAACCGGUAACCGGCGCCGAAAUAACUUUGAUCGUUGCCGAUGAAUCAUUGUUGAGUCUUACAAACAAAUCCACCAACAAUUGGAAUCCAAUUGAUUUGUUCUACUAUGAAGGUUACCAAAACAAUCAAUGUUUUUCGUUGAUCGAUGACACAAUGUUCUGUGCCCCCGAUGUCAAAGAGGAGGAAGUCACUAAACCAAAGGACACAAUCGUAAACAUCACCGUUCGUUAUCUCUCUGGUCGUAUCAUCCAGAUGUCACUUCCACUCAAUGCCAACAUCGAUGAAGUGCGCAAAGUCGUUCUUGAGAGAGACGGUCUGCCAUUCACAUCGCAACGUCUUCUCCACAAGAACAAACAAAUCGAGAAGGGAACGCUCUUUGAGAAUGGAAUCACCACUGACGAUACUAUAAACUUGGUGAUCCGUCUCUCGGGUGGUGGUGACACUGGCAAUGAGAAAGAAGAUUUGGAAGCGCUACGUUUGCCAGCAAUCAAGCAAAUCAAGGUGAGAGAUAACUUCAAACCAUUGGCAACCUUCCAAAGCAAUAGAUUCUCCGAUGAAAAUGGUCAGGUUGUCUUUGAUUUCAAACUGCCAGACAAUUUGACCAAGUAUCGUGUUAUGGCUUACGCCGCAACCAACGAUUCGUUCGGUAAGAAUCAAGAGUUCUUCACCUCGACGCUGCCAGUGAUGAUUCGUCAGAAUCCACCACGUUUCCUCAAUUACAACGAUGAAUGUACAUUCCCAAUUGUCAUUUCUAACAUUGUCGAUUACGACGUUGAGGUGAGUUGUGCUUUCCAAACGACCAAUUGCAUCUCCAGUACCAACGGAUUCAAGUCUGUCAUUCCAGCAAACUCACGUAUCAUUGCACCGUUCCAGGUGAAAGCUAUCACACCGAAUGUCAAAUCGUUCUACCACGUUGUUCUGGCGAGUCGUAUUAUCAAUACACCAGGAGUCGACGCAGAGUUUACUGAUGCCGUUAAAUUUGACUUCCCAGUCUACUCACCGUCCUCCGUUGAAUCCAACACUGUAGCCGGUUUCACCGAUGCCGAAAAGAUUGUAUCUACUCACCCAGUUAAACUCAGCAACUGGCAAGAGUUUGAUCAGGAAGUUGGUGGUCUCUCUGUUAACCUCGCCACAUCCAAUAUCACUCAGAUCUCCUCAUCCUAUGAGUACCUCAUGAACUACAAGCAUUCCUGCUCUGAACAACUCGCCAGUAAAUUAAUGUGUCUGGUAAUUGCAUUGGAUCUUCCAGAGUUGUUGGAGAUGGAGAAUGAUCGUCCAUCAGAAGAAAAUCUUGAGAAAGCAAUAACUGAGAUCUUGGAAAUUCUCAAGGGUAGAUUGAAAGCAACCGGUGAAUUUAAAUACUGGAAUUCCGAUACUAGCUACGAAUAUGUAAAUGUCUAUGUUUAUUGGGUGCUCGAUAUUAUCGAGAAUGAGUUCAAUGUAGUACUACCAAAAGGAUUGAUGGCCAAAGCACCGGCUUAUCUUAGAGGAGCAGCCGAUAUCGAUAAGACUCACAAGGAGUACACUAAAUACGACAGAUCAUCGUAUCUAUUAAAAAAAGCAUUCGCUCUACACACCUAUGAAAAGGUUAGCUAUGGUAGUUUCGAAUCACACAAUGCAAUCGAUAGUAUCUUGGUGAAAGAGGCAACCUCUUCGACAUCACCGAUCGCCGCUGAUCUGUCGGCUAUACUUCUCCCACUUGCUCAUGGAGUGACUGCAAGACAACUGGUCCGUUCACUCGAGAACAAGUUGGUUGUAACCGGAACAACUGCAUUCUUUGAGGGUUCAUCAAUCAAUGGAUUCUCAUCGAUAAUGAGAUCUUCGUGUUGGGCUGCACUCUCGAUGAUUGACGACGACCAAUGUAAACAUAUUAUUUCAAAGCUGAUGUUUGGAAUCGAGUCAAAGAUUAGGGAUCCAAGACAAUCGAUGUAUUUCAACACUCAAGACAGUGCUCUUACCAUGUACACACUUUUCUCAUACUACAAUAACAAAGCGGUGAACAAGUACAACGUUCAAGUCUAUCUCAAUGACUUUACUCUCGAGCCGAAACCCGUGGAGAUCACCGAUGAGAAUACAAUCUACACCAAAUUCAUUCCAAUGAAGACACUGAUCAAGAAUCAAGGUGAGCUCCUCAUUGAGAAGAAGGGAACCGGUGAUUUGUUCUACAGUCUCUCGUUCAAGUAUGCCAAAUCGAAUCCAUACUAUCCCGCUGUCGAUACACGUGGAUUCGUUAUCACUCGUGAAUUUAUUCCACUCGGUAAACCAGAGGAUAUCCAGCAGAUCGUCAAUGAAGCCGGACUCAGACAAACAGUGAUCAAGAGCGGUGCCAAAAUCAAAGUUAAAUUGACCAUCAAAUCAACUUACAUCACUAACUUUGUCGUUAUUAACGAUAAUUUACCUGCUGGAUUGGAACCAAUCAACAAUUUGUACUCCACUCGCUACUACUGGACUUCUCAUUCCAACAUCAGAGACAAAGGCGCUGAAAUAUUUGCUGACCUUCUCUAUCCAGGAACCUAUACCUUCUAUUACAAUGUCCAAGCACUCUGUCAUGGAUCUUAUAUCUGUCCACCAGCUAGAAUCGAAGAGAUGUAUUGUCCAAGUACAUUCGGAAGAACUUCAACUGACACUGUGAUAAUUAUUUAA